AUGAGUUCGUGUAUAGAACUACCUCCCGCAACUAUCAACGCAAGAACCGACUCGUCCUUCAAGAUCACCUGGUCCGAGGCUCCUAACCCAACCUACAGCAUCAAGCAAUAUGACCUCAGACUUCAACAUCCACCAGGGUCAACCAUCAUUCGGGUGUUAAUAGGCGCAGCGGCUGGAGCGUCGCGCACUUUUCAAAAUUUAAACGCGGCUGAAGAGUACGGAGUGCGGCUGGAUGCAGUUCUAAUCGGGGAUAUCUCGGUGGAUUUAAACAUCUUCACAACGGUUUGGACGUUGCCACAUUCACCAACGGACGCCGUCCUACAGCUUACGGGUGAUAACUCAGCCACUCUAACCUGGACCAGAGCCCAAGGCCCGGUGGAUUACUACGAGCUAACGGUAACCACAGCCGGCAGGGCAGGCAUGGUGUUUCCGAUCCCAUCCACGAGCUCAAAGUUCGUGCUUGAGAAUCUGACAUCGGGAACGCAGUUCGGCUUUCAACUUGUGUCUGUCGUGAACACGCCCAAUUACCCCAGCCACCACGUGGUCAAAAGCGCAUCCGCUGAAAUCACUUUCGUACAAAUAGAGCGCCCCCCUCAGCCAACAGGAUUCACCAUCCAAGUGUUCAGACAGUCAGUCAUGGAGUGCAAAUGGAACGCCACCAACGGCGACUUUGACAACUAUCUUCUAGUCUUCGCCAUCGCUGAUGGUUCAGAAAUUACCGUCAUCGACAGUCAAGUUAUCGCUAAGACCACCACGAUAUAUAGUUACACGAUCACAGACCUAGCGGUGAAUUCUGUGGUUUUGUACACGCAGAAGGGUGGGACAAAAAGCAUUGUGUCCCUGCCUUUGCAGCUUCCAUCUGUUGCCGUUAACAUCAAGUUACCCCAUGCUUCGAUCAGAAGAAAGACAUCAAGCUCCUUCGAAAUCACGUGGUCCGACCCACCCAACCCAGCCGAUAAUAUCAAGCAGUACAAAGUCACCCUAGAGCAUCCGCUAGGUACGCCCUCUCGUGGCGUCCUGGUGGACGCAGAGGCUGGAGCGUCUCAUACGUUUGAGGAAUUAAACGCGGCUGAGGAGUACGGUGUGCGCGUAGAUGCUGUUCUUCAAGGGGAUGCCACGGUGCAACUCAACAUUGUGGCGACGCUUUGGACAUUACCACACGCCCCCUCAGACGCAGUCCUGCAAAUAUCGAGUAACUCAACUGCCCUACUGACCUGGACAUCGUCAGAGGGACCCGUCGAUUUCUACGAGUUCACCAUCAGUCAAGACGGGGUACCAGACCGCAUCUAUCAGAUUGACAAAACGGAGAGUAGCUACUCCCUCAACAGGAUACGUUCUGGGAUGCGGUAUGGGUUCCAUCUUGUUUCGGUUGUAUUCACACAGAAUGACAGCAGCCCGGUCGUCAAGAGCCAGUCUGCAGAGAUAACCUUUGUGAUGCAGGAUGAAUGCGGCUUUUACAAUCCAUGCGUACACGGUGUGUGCCGAUUGGAGGACAACACGAAAACAUGUGACUGUGAAGGUACAGCUUUCAGCGGUGAAUUGUGCGAAAGUCGCGGAUCCAUGACAAUGUCUGACGUAAUGAUCGUUCUAGCCGGUGUGAUAACCCUACUGCUGAUCAAGACGUAAACAAUUACGUGUGAGUCGACGCUUGCUGGUUGUAUAGUGUGACAUGAAUUGUAAAUCAGGACGUCAUAAAAAUUGCGUAGUUAUUUAUUAAUAUCUUUAUUUAAAUGACGAGCCCACGGCGACGAAGAAAGACAAUGUACAAUUUUAUUUAUUACUUGUAGUUUUGCCUAGUGUAUAAAGAUUUCGAUGGGAGCGGGACCAUUCUUUAAAUAGGUCCACAGAUCCGAGGGCCAUAGAGUUACAUGGAAGAAUAAUUAACGAAUGACAUCUGCGUUUCUUAGCUAACUGGUGUUCGAUGAAAACCAGAUAGAAGUCCCCUUUUUAAACGAAAAGCAUCGCAACAUUCAGAAAGAUGGCGUCUGUCUUCGACUAGCUCGUAAACGUAGAUUCGUGGACGGCCACUUUAAGCUUCCGUAGGCUCGUGACGACAAGCACAAGGCUUAUACUACGGUACAGACAAACAGCAAUCAAUUUAAAAUAAUUCACAAUUUUUCGAAAUUUUUAGCGCCACGAUAACAGCAGCUUGGGAUUUUAUUACUUUGAACGCUAGGUGGCAGCAGACAUACCCAGGUGAAUUUCCAUUUAGUUAAUUAUAAACACAUCCAAGACUGUGUUUACCUGGUAGAUGUCUGGGUGCCACUUCGCAAACCUAAAAAAUACCAAACUUAUGCGUAAUGGCAGUUUGACAUAAUUAUUUGAAUUUAAAAUAUUACAAUAUAUAAUUAUACAAUAAAAAUACGGAGAAUAUUUUGAAACUACUUUUUGAAGUUUGAAAUGUUCGCCAUUCUCAUGAUUUGCUUGCUGACAAACGGACUAGAAUAAUGGAACACACAUUUUAAUAUGCACCUGAAAGCACACAAAUAAAUGCAAUGCGUGUUUUUUCUGUCAUUAUUCGAUGAACAAUGUUGAGCCCAAAUUUUCACAGGUUUGUUAUUGGAUGCAUAUGUUGGGAUACCAAGUAAGAUGGUCUUUGACACAACCAACCGUGGGAAUUUCCCGCGCUGAGUUGAUCGCCAUGAAGGCGUCAGAUGCAUUAUGCAGGCUAAUGGGAGACUUUCUGGGACGAUAGAGGGCAGCAGACUUACCGGGUAAAUC